AUGGCGUCUGUCUUGACCAGACCAAAGUACGCCAAUGUUGAGCUGGGGGACAUCCUGACUCUGCAAUACCCGCCUCUCUUUCACGCCGCCACCAACGUACCCUCCUUCAUCAAUGCCCUGACGCAUGUGCCGAACAUGCGGCAUCUGACCAUCAAGUGCCCCGGCCAGGCUCCGCGCGAGAGAUAUAGGCGAGACAUCGUAGACUACGCCCUCAUAAGUCUGCGCAUUGCGGUGGAGAGGACGCCCAUGACGAAGUUGUCAAAGCUGUCACUCGUCAACCUGCAUCCAGCGGCGUUCACCUAUAUUCGCCAUAUCCCUGGCUUCGGCGCGGUUCCUUCUGCUAGCCGCAGAUGGGGCCAGAUUCGCAAACUCUACAUCAGCGUGGAGUCGUGGGACUUUUACAGCCCCCACCCAGGCCUCGACCAGCUCAAGAUUGUCGAUGACUAUAUCCGGGGUCUUUCUAAAAACCUGGAAAAGUUCACUUUUGCCUGGAGCGGGCGAUUCAAGGGCCCCUGCCCUCUCUACCUAUCCGCUGAUCCUUUGUUCCGCGCGCCGCAGCACACCCAAAAGCUCUUUAAUGAGGUCACAUCUCCAAUGUCCCCCUUCCCAGCCCGCCUUCUAGGAAGGUGA